AAAGCAUGCAUUGAAUGCUGUUUUCAAAACACAUGAAUCGGUGUUUUGAUUGCAAUUUAAAAGCUUUUCAUUCAAUACAUUCAAUCACUGAUUAACUGAUCCGUGGUUUGAGUGGACACACAGACAAUGGGUGUCAUCAAAGACAAGUCGGUUAUCAACAAAAUCAGGAAAGCGAAGACACGGAGAGGCAAACGAUUUCUCGAGAAACGGGAGCCACAGGUGAUUGAGGCCACGAAGACUGCUAUCUUUACGCGCGGAUCCACUGCCAGCCAGAGAUGUGUCCAACUCUUGAAGGACUUCGUAAGCCAUUCAAUGAUCACUCACUCAUAUGUGUCUAAUUGUGUCCACAAUUUAUCGCAGUGUCUGCUGAAGAAGCCAAACAGCGUGUACUUCAAUCGGAAGGAGUCGUGGCAUCCGAUGGACAACAGCCAACCUCUGGAGCGAAUGUCCGCCAAAAACAACUCAACGCUCUUUGCGUUCGCGAACCACACGAAGAAACGGCCGAAUAAUGUGAUAAUCGGCCGCACGUUCGACGACCACGUGCUCGACAUGUAUGAGCUCGGCUUCGAUAACUACCGGUCCCUCCAGGAGUUCAAAGGCGUCCCGAAGACGUCGGUGGGAACCAAACCUAUCGUGACGUUCAGCGGACAGGCGUUCGAUGUGGAGCCCGACUACCAGCGCCUGAAGAACCUGUUGCUCGACUUCUUCGCGGGUCCGGACGUGGAGGCCAUACGACUGUCCGGUUUGGAGCACUGCAUCCAAUUCGUGGCCCUCGACGGCAAGGUAUUGAUGCGGAGCUAUAGAGUGGCGCUCAAGAAGUCUGGCACUCGAUUGCCGAGAGUA